GUAAUCGAGAUGAAUCUAAUGAUAAUACAGAUGAUACACCUAAAAACUUUAAUUCGGACAAGCGAUUAUCAGAAACGAUUCUUACUCUAAAACAAACUUUAAAACCUAUAAACGGCUUAUGUAUGAAAUACUUGAACGCAGGAAAAUUGGAAAUACAGGGACAUAUAAUAUGCGAAGAUGCUGAUUCACGCGUGGCUUUUCGUUCAAUAAAUCAGCAUAACGUUGAUGAUUCAAUUAGGCUGAUGUCAAUGUGCCCGACAAUGGAUUUAAUCGCCGUUUGUACUGAGUCGGGGUGUGUUUGGGUAGCAAGGUGGUAUAACGCCUUGGAAAAAAUUUGGACUUUACCUCCUAGUCAAGAUAGAGAGGAAACUGUUGAAGUUUUCACCUGGAGACCCGACGGAAAAGUCAUUGCUAUCGGUUAUUCAAACGGAAUGAUACGACUUUAUAAUGUGGAUAAGUUAGAAAUGAUACAUGAAUUAAUCCAAAAACCAUCAUCAAAAUCGUUUGGAAUAAACUUCCUUCUCUGGGUACAGGAAACAAAAAAAGACUCGGAGAAUAUAAAUGAAGCGACAAAUGAUUUUUUGAUGAGUGCACAUCCUAUUCAGAAAUAUUUGCCUCGACUAAACACUAUGCCAAAUGCCAAGCCAAUUAGCAAACUCUUAGGAGAUUUGAAUGGAUAUGAUGAUGAUUUGGAUGAUGAGUCGUCCGGCUCAAUCGAUCUGCUUUUAGCAGGUGACGCGGGCGGAAAUUUACAUUUGAGCGUGUACGGAAUAUAUAACUUACAACCAAUAUCUUUAUCUCAGCAUAUUAAAAUAAAGAACGCGAUUAUAAUAAAAGCGUCAGUUACACCGGAUCUUUCUCUCAUAACGUUAUUAAUACAAACAAAUGAUUAUUCUACCUCUUCAGCAAGCGUUGAGCCCCGUGUCGAUCGGUUAUUUUUUGUCACAUUUAAUACCGGCUUAUUGUACACUCAAAAACUUGAAAUUCGUACUUUAUCCCAAAGAUACACUGCAAUUAAAUAUUUGACAGAUUAUAUAUUCAAAGGAAUCAAACAUAUUGAAUCUGAAUAUCAAGAUUUGAAAAUUUUAACAAGCAAAUUUGUUGAAUCCUUUCAAGAAGUAUUGGAAACACAUAAUUCAAAAUCAAAAUUAUCAGCCGAGUUUGUCCGUUUGUUAGCUACUGGGAAACCAAGCACUUUGCUGGAUGAAUAUAUAGAAACACAUCUCACAAAACGGGCAUUGAAAGAUUGGGAAAGCAAAGGCCAGAAAACAUUUGAUCAAAUUAGGGAAUACAUUAAUCAUUACGUGCGUAUAGGAUGUGAAAGAUUGAUUAUAGAAUUGAAUGCAUUAGUUGGAUUUAGUAAAUGGCCUCAAAAAUUUCAAAAGCUCGGACUCGAUGAAUCAUUUAUUCAUUCUUGCGUGAUCUUAACUGGGUGUAUAAUUUCACGUUUGGAAAAAUUAAACUCAGUUAUCGAUGAAGAGUAUAUCAAUUUUCUAGAAUUUCAUCAAUGGCUCCAAUUUGAAAUCGAUAAUAUAACUUCUAUUGAGCAAAGCACUAAUCCUGAAGCUUCACCUCGUGUGGAUGUCCAUAAAGUCUCUUCAUAUAUAAAAAAUUCACUUGGCAAAGAUUUUUUAAAUGAUUUGGAAAAAUUUUUCGUGGAUGAUCAACAAUCUUCAACAAUAACAUUACCUACAUUUGAAUUUCCGUUUUUAUCAAGUAACUCUUUAGAUAAUUGUAACCUUUUUCAAUGCAACUCAUUUCAAAGCAGCGAGUUGCCAGCAUAUCCAUACAAUUAUCUUUCUUCCAACAAUUCAUUUCAGCGUUCACCAAGUUUUGAGUCUUUUGUUACCGAAUUGAUUAAACGAUGUGACGCCUUAUCUUCUUGGACAGCUGAUAAUGUUGCAAAAUCUGUUAAGGCACAUGAACUUGUGGAUAUAGUCGAAGACCUUACUAAUUAUUGUCCUGAUAAUCAAAAUAUUCAACAUGCAAUGCGAGAAGUCAGUCAAAGGGAAAAGAACCGAUCCUAUAAUAUAUUUUUAUCGGAUAUGAGAAUUGUAACCGAGGGUUUGAGAACAAACGCAUAUGUAACAUUUUAUUUAUCACAAAACCGUCAUAUUUCUCCAACAUUGUGGGUCCUCCGAUUUCCUUUGUAUGCGACGACUUCCGAAAGUUAUACUUCAUUAAAUAAAACCAGUGAGAUUGCUUGUAUCCAGUUAGUGAAUAAUGAACAUCCUGAAGAGUACUUGUCGAUCUCUGAUCUGAACCUUUAUGAUGAUGAAAGAAUGUACAUGAUUGUUGUUGGAUUAGAAAAUGGUGAUUUAGCAAUUAUAUAUGUUUGUUUCAUUGAUAUACAAUUCCAUAACUCAUAUAAUGAUUUCCAUGUAAUAGAAGAUGUGUUGAUUCUCUUAUCAGAAGUGAAAUAUUCUGAGUUGAAUUUUAUAUCAACCCCCAAUACACCACUUUUAGUUCAGAGAUUUCGUGAUCUCACUCACUUUAAACCAUUACAGCUAACUACAAACGGGGCAAGAGGGUUAAUUGGAACUCUCAGUGAUGAUAAAAAAAGUAUUAUCAUAUUUGAUACGAAUGAAAAAGAAGAUAUAUACGAUAUGAAGGAUGAUGAUGAAAUUAUAAAGAUGAUGGAAGAAUAG